AGGAAAUUCGCCAAUUUAUGAAGUUAUUCGUGGACAGGUCUUUGUACGCGAGUGCUUGUUGUGAAUCAAAAUGAAAUCCCUAGUUUUAAUUAUUGUCAGUUUACUGACAAUUAGCUCAAUUAAUUGUGAAGUGUAUUUCGAGGAGAAAUUCCCAGAUGAUUCAUGGGAAUCCAAUUGGGUGUACAGUGAACACCCCGGUAAAGAAUUCGGCAAAUUCAAAUUAACUGCUGGAAAGUUCUACAAUGAUCCGGAAGAAGAUAAAGGUUUAAAGACCUCUGAAGAUGCGAGAUUCUACGCUCUGUCACGCAAGUUCAAACCCUUCAGCAAUAGGGACAAACCUCUAGUUAUCCAGUUCUCUGUGAAACAUGAGCAAGAGAUUGACUGCGGAGGUGGCUACCUCAAGGUCUUUGACUGUAAACUUGACCAGAAAGACAUGCAUGGAGAGUCCCCAUACGAAAUUAUGUUUGGCCCUGACAUCUGUGGACCUGGUACAAAGAAGGUUCACGUAAUCUUCAGCUACAAAGGCAAGAACCAUCUGAUCAAGAAGGACAUCCGCUGCAAGGACGAUGUAUACACCCAUUUGUACACGCUGGUCGUGAAACCAGACAACACAUACGAGGUGCUCAUCGAUAAUGAAAAGGUGGAGUCUGGAGAGCUGGAGGCCGACUGGGACUUCUUACCGCCUAAGAAGAUCAAGGAUCCCGAAGCCAAGAAGCCUGAAGAUUGGGACGACCGCGCCACCAUCCCUGAUCCCGAUGACAAGAAACCCGAAGAUUGGGACAAGCCAGAGCACAUCCCCGACCCGGAUGCCAACAAACCCGAAGACUGGGAUGAUGAGAUGGACGGCGAAUGGGAGCCACCUAUGAUUGAUAACCCUGAAUACAAGGGUGUAUGGGCGCCGAAGCAGAUUGACAACCCUGCAUACAAAGGAGCGUGGAUCCACCCAGAGAUCGACAAUCCUGAGUACACGCCUGACGCUAAUCUAUACAAACGCGACGAGCUCUGCGCGGUCGGUCUCGACUUAUGGCAAGUCAAAUCUGGCACGAUCUUCGACAACUUCCUGUUCACUGAUGAUAUUGAAGUGGCUAAGGAACGAGGCGAGCAGAUCAAGAAGACGCAAGAAGGAGAGAAGAAGAUGAAGAACCAACAGGAUGAAGCAGAGAGGGAGAAGGAAAAGGCUGAGAAACCAGAUGAUGAGGAUGAUGAAGACCUCGAUGAUGAGGCUGGUGAAGCUUCACCUAUUGAGGACCACGACGAGCUGUAAGCUGUGCGCGUGUUUAUGUGUGUGUGUAGAGACAUUACCGUACCGUCGGGUACGCGAGCGUGUGUGUGCAGGCUCUCGUCGAAGCCGUUAGAUAAAUCUUUCGUUUGUCUUGUACGCCGCUGUGUUCGAGUCCAAUCUACUAUACUUUGAUUUUAAUUCGAUGUUGUAAAAUGACAUUAGUGUUGUCAGUUUUCGUUAUAAAAAUGUGUUGUGAAAUUAUCCAGCUAUUGUAUAAGUUUUAAACUAAAAAAAUACAAGAAAUUAAAAUAACAAGUUCUAAACAUUUCUAAAGCACUAGGAAUAAGGAUAAAUACAAUUUGAGAGCCAUGGAAGUGAAUUACUAUCAUCUUUCAUAAUUAAAUACUUAAAACCAAAUAAAAAGAAAUCAGGAAUCAAUGUUCUUUAUUUAAAUAAAUCAUAGAGUAAACGGAAUUACAUUAUUGAUUGAUUGUCACAACUUAAUGCUACACAUCACUAAUAAGAUAAGUGUGGCAACAUUUUUUAAUAACACGACUUUGUGAUCUGUCAUUUCACUGCAUCGAAUUGAAUGUAGAAUUAUAAUUUAUGGGGUUAACCGCUCGAAAUAUUCCAAUAUUAUCGUCCGGCCGCUUAGUGUUGGCGUUCGGGCUGUACUGAUUUCUGUGUACAUACUUAGAUCACGCUCAGGUUUGGAAAUGUUAUUAUUUGCGACACCGUGUGUCGUAGUGGGCCGGUCCAUUCUACAAUGUCGGUAGUAGCAGCCUAAAUUUUUGUAAUAUUUCAAUACUGAUAUUGUAAAAUGAAUCGUGUUUUGUGUAUGUUUCUCAUUUAUGUUUUGAAAUGAGUCUGAUUAAAUUAAUAUAUAAAUUUA